GGCACGUCCGAAUGGGGUGAGCAGACUAGCUCCGGGGUCAGCAGCCGUGCAGAUCGAGAGAACUCCAAUGCUUCUACCCUAGCUGAGGAAAUCCCGGGGUUAGGAGGUGAGGAAACGCAUAUAAGUCCUCUACCCUGACCUCCUCGUUCACAGACCGUUUCCCUCUUCACCCGCGAGUCGGCCAGUCAACUUCAAUACCCUCUCUUAUCACUCUCUCUUUAAAACCCUUUACCAGUGUUUAAGUAACCCAUAAAACACCGCCAAGAUGGUGAAGAAGGCCUUCAUGUCCCGGCAAGUGGCCGACAACGUCGACAUCGCCCAGGCCGAGGCCCCGCGAUUCGAAAAGGUGUACUGGCUGAGAGAGCCCCAUCUUCGCAAGCUCUACUUCUCGACUAUAUUCCUCAUGGUCGCUUCAGCUACCACCGGCUACGAUGGUAUGCUCGUGAACACCUCUCAGCAGAUGCAGCGAUGGAAGGACUACUUUGGCGACGGUGUCUCCGACAACAACAAGCUCGGUAUCCUCAUCAACAUGUUCAACAUCGGUUCCAUUGUUUCGUACUUCAUCACACCCUACGUGGCAGACAACUUCGGACGUAAGAUUGCCAUUGUCAGCGGUUGUUGCUUCAUGAUCGUCGGCGGCGCCGUCACGGCCUUCUGUAACGGCUGGGGAAUGUACAUCGGCGGUCGAUUCAUACUGGGUUUCGGCAACUCACUUGCUCAGAUGGCUUCUCCUUUGCUGCUGACCGAGAUCUGCCACCCUCAGCACCGUGGCCCUGUCACUGCUAUUUACAACUGUCUUUGGAACCUAGGUGCCCUGAUCGUCGCCUCCAUCGGCUGGGGAACCUCAUAUGUAAACAACGACUGGUGCUGGCGAUCCAUCACCUUUAUCCAGAUUGUCCCCUCCGUCAUCCAGCUCAUCGGUAUCUGGUGGGUCCCCGAGUCUCCGCGUUUCCUCAUCAACAAGGACCGCUCCGAGGAGGCUCUCGCCGUCUUGGCCAAGCACCAUGCUGGCGGCGACUUCAAUAACGCUACUGUUCAGUUCGAGUUCCGCGAGAUGAAGGAGACCAUUCUGAUGGAGAGGAACGCCGACAAGACGACAAGUUAUGUCGACUUCCUCAGGACCAAGGGGAACCGCUGGCGUCUGGCCAUUAUCAUUUCCCUCGGUAUCAUCUCCCAGUACUCUGGUAACGCCAUCUUCUCCAACUACAUGGACGCCAUCUACGAGGGUGCCGGUAUCACCGAGCAGAACCAGAAGCUCGCCAUCUCGACCGGAAAGUCCAUCCUCGAUCUUUCAUGCUCCAUCGGUGCCGCCUUGACAGUUGACUACUUUGGUCGUCGCCCACUGUUCCUGACUGCCAUCAGCGGUAUGGUUGUAUCCUUCGUCUGCUGGACCAUCACCGGUGCCGUUUUCGAGAACUCCAACAGCACGAACCAAGGCUCUGGCUACGCCCAGCUCGUCUUCAUCUGGAUCUUUGGUAUCUUUUACGAUAUUGGUUUCUCCGGUCUUCUCAUUGCCUAUGGUCUCGAGGUCCUGCCUUUCCAUCUCCGUGCCAAGGGCAUGAUGAUCAUGAACAUUACCGUCCAGGCCAUCCUCGCGAUUGGAAACCAAACCAACAAGAUCGCAUGGGACGAGCUCCCCAACCACUGGAACUUUAUGUUGUUCUACACCCUCUGGGACUUCUGCGAACUCGUCUUCGUCUACUUCUUCUACGUCGAGACCAAGGGUCCUACCCUUGAGGAGAUUUCCAAGAUUUUUGACGGUGACGACGCUGUCGCGCACGUCGAUCUCACCCAGGUCGAAAAGGAGAUUGAUGCCAACAUCCACGAGGAGGACAUCAAUACCCGCGCCGCGCACAGCGAGAAGACGGCUGCCUAAAUGUUCGACCUCUUGCGGAGUGACUGACAGGAAAUGGAAGAGAACCCAAAAACAAUGCCUCGUUUUGCAUUGCCAUUUGGAAGGUUCUAGCAGGGCUAGGUGGUGGAUGUAAUGCGAGCCCGGCAUUGGCU